GGCGGCGGCAUGUUUGCGCUGGAGCAGUUCGAGCCGCAGGGCGGCGGCGGCCGGAGCGGCGCGCCGGGCGAGCGGGCUGGCGCCUUCGGGCCAGGCUUGGGCACGCACUUCAAGCCGUCGCCUUUCCACGCCGGGACCUCUGGCGGCGAGCCGGCGGCUCUGAGCGCCCUGGGCGAGCCGUCUUCGGCCAUGCUGGCCAUGAACCUGAACUUGCCCGGGGAGGCGUACGGCUUCCCCGCCCCCCGCGGGGGCCACUCGGACUUGCAGCAGGCCCAGCCUGUCCACGGCUUUUUCGGCAACCAGCAGCCCGCUUCCCACGGCGCCCACCAGCCGCCGCCGCCGCCGCACUUCGGAGGCGGCUUCGGGCCCGAGCCCAGCGCCUCGUGCCUGCACGGCGGCCGACUCCUCAGCUACCCGGGCGGCCAGCAGACCUUCGCGGCGGACGGCUACGAGCAGCACCUGGCCGAUGGCGGGGACGGCUUCGGGCAGCAGAGGGCGGGGCCCCUCCAGGACUUCCAGCCGCCGCCGCCGCCGCCGCACCACAACCCCGGCGUGCCCGCCCCGUGCCUCCCGCUGGACCAGUCGCCCAACCGCGCCGCCUCCUUCCACGGCCUGCCCGGAGCCGCCGCCUCGGAGCCGCACGGCCUGGACUCGCAGAGGCGCCUCCCCAGCCAAGGGGCAGCCGCCGUGGAUCCCCUGGAGUACAGUUACCCGAGUAGCGAGGGGCACUUCGACUUGCCCGUCUUUUCGCCGUCGGAGGCCGACGGGCAGCUGCCCCACUACGGGGCCGGCAGGCAGCCGGUCCCGCCGGGCGGGGGCAACUUCCCCGGCCCUUCCUCGGCCUUGCCCCGGGCCCCGGGCGCCCUGGGCGCCAUGGGCAAGGUGCAGCAGCAGCAGCAGCAGCAGCACGGCGUGUUCUUCGAGCGGUUCGGGGGCGCUCGCAAGGUGGCCGUGGGCCUGGAGCCGGGCUUGACCCCUGGCCGGCACCCCUUAAUGCAACAGCCGCACCAGCCGCCGCCGCCUGCCCUCCUGGCCAGACAGAACUCCUGCCCGCCGGCCCUGCCGAGGCAGCAGCCGUGUCCUGAAGGCAGCGCCGCCAACCCGGGCCUGCAGGAUGGCGGCGGCGGCGGCGGCGGCCCGCUUUUGCAAGGCCAGCACGCCCAGUUCGAGUACCCCAUCCACCGGCUGGAGAACAGGAACUUGCAGCACCCCUUCGGGCCGGGCGAGCCGGUCUUCAGCGUGCACCCGCAGGCCCAGCAGCCUCCCAACCAGCGGCUGCAGCACUUCGACGCGCCGCCCUACAUGAACCUGGCCAAGCGGCCUCGCUUCGACUCGUGGAGCGGCGGCGGCGGCGGCGGCAACGGCAGCGGCGCGGGCUUGCACGGCGCCGCCCUGGACAGCCACCUCUCGCCCUCCGCCGCCUACCCGGGGCUGCCGGGAGACUUCACGCCGCCGGGCCCCGAGAGCUUCCCGCCGCCGCCCGGGCCUCCCCUCCAGCCGCCGCCGGGCGCUGACCACCAGGCGGCCUUGCAGCAGCAGCAGCAGCAGCAGCGCCAGAACGCCGCCCUGAUGAUCAAGCAGAUGGCCGCCUCUCGCAACCAGCAGCAGCAGCAGCAGCAGCGCCUCCGCCCGCCCAGCCUGCAGCAGCUGGGCCACCACCAGCACCACCACGGCCACCACCACGGCCACCAGCACCACCACCAGCACCACGGCGAGCCCGCGUUCGAGGCGCAGGAGGGCGCUUGGUUCCCGGCCCCGCACCCCUCCGCGGCCCCGGCGGGCGCAGGGGACUUGCUCUUCCGGCCCGGGGUAGGCGGGAUGCCGGGCUUGCCAGAGCCGCCGCUUCGGAUGCCGUCGGGGGGCGAAGGGCACGCGCCGUCCCCGGGCAGCCUCCAGGGCCAGUUCGGCCUCAGCCCGCCCUCGGAGCGCAGGCCGGGGCCGCCGGACUUCGCCGGGCAGCAGGGCUUCCCCUUCGGCGCUGCCAGCCGCCAGGCCACCCCGCACAGCGCCUCGCCCGGCUCCUACGGGCCCCCGACGGACUUCCAGUCCUCCGGGCCCCCUCCGCAGUCGCAGCCCCGGCCCCCUCCGGCCAGCAGCAAGCUGGGCGCGCUGUCGCUGGGCUCCUUCCCCAAAGGCAGCGGCGUCGGGGGGCCGCCCGGGGCGGGCGGGGGCGGGGGCGGCGCUGGCCCCAAAGAGAGCAGCGGCCUCUUCGGGCAGAGCUGCCUGGCCGCCCUCUCCACCGCCUGCCAAAAUAUGAUCGCCAGCCUGGGCGCCCCCAACCUCAAUGUCACCUUCGGCAAGAAAGGCGCGCCGUCCGCUGUAGCUGGUGGCGUCGGGGCGGGCGGCGAGGGUGCCAAGCGCAGCAAGCUCAGCCCGGCGGAACUGCCGGAGCCAGGCAGCGCGGGGCCCCAGCCGCCCCCUCCGCCCCCGCCAGCCCCGGGCGAGAGCGGCUUGUCCCCCAACUACUCCCCCGGGCCAGGCCCUGAAGCCAAGGCGGGAGGCGGGCGGGGCAGGGGGCGCAGGAAACGGGACAGUGGGCACGUGAGCCCGGCAGCCGGCGGUGGCGGCAGUGGCUUCUUUGACAAGUACGGCCCAGCGGCUGGGGUGGAGGCCGGCAGCCCCGGCCAAGGUGGCGAGCGAGGAGGCGGCGGCGGCGGGAACACCCCACACCUGCACGAGCCUCACAAGGCGCUGAGCUCCCCACCUUCCACCUGGGCCAAAGGCGGAGGCGCUGACCUUCUCUUGCCUCCGCCGCCGCCCCCGGAGCAGCCCGAGCUCCUUCCCUCCCUGGACAAGGCGGACUCCUGCUCCCCCCGCAGUGGAGGCGACUUCCCUGAUGAGGCUGGCAACGAGGACGAGGUGUCAUCGAGUUCUGACAACCAGCUGGUUAAAGGUUGCCCUGCGGGCCGCAGCCCGCUACAGCCCCGUGCAGGGGACCACGCGCUGCUGAACGGACAGAAGGCCGCCUUGGCCCAACUCGGCCUGCACGGCGGCAGCAACUCUACCUCCAGCCCCGACAGUUACGGCAGCGGCGGCCCUCCCACCACUGGCCCGGUGCAAGACGAGAUCCACCCGCUGGAGAUCCUUCAGGCUCAGAUCCAGCUGCAGCGGCAGCAGUUCAGCAUCUCCGAGGACCAGCCGCUGGGCCUCAAGAGCUCCAAGAAGCCCCCCGACGGCGGCCCCACAGGAGGAGGCCAGAACGGUGACAGCGGAGAGCUGAGCAGCUGCUGUGCCGCGGGUGAAAGCGGCAAGGGCGCUAUGAGCACCAUCGACCUGGACUCGCUGAUGGCCGAGCACUCCGCCUCCUGGUACCUGCCCGGCGACAAGGCCCUCCUGGAAGGACAGGACGAGGACAAGGCCCUGGCGCCCUGGGAGAAGGCCAAGCCGCCCAACCCCAGCAAAGAAGCCCACGACCUCCCCCCGAGCAAGACCUCAGCCACGGCACAGACUGGCAGCCACUUGCAGUGUCUUUCUGUCCACUGCACAGAUGACAUGGGUGAGGCAAAGGGCCGGACUGCGGUGCCGACAUGGAGAUCCCUGCACUCGGACAUCUCCAACAGAUUUGGGACUUUCGUGGCUGCCCUCACUUGAAGAAGAAGGAAAAGAAGAAGGAAAAGAAGAAAAAGGAGAAGAAGAAGGGGGAAAAGGAAUUAUUUUUUCUUUUCUUUUUAUGUUUAAAGGGCCGCUCCUGCUAGUUGGACUAUUUUUCUAGGUUGGUACCUGCUUAGCGGCAUAGAGACUGGAAAGGGUUAAUUUAAAAUAAACUCACCUUAUUUGGUUUUUUAAAUCUCCCACCCAGGUAUGUUACUACUGCUGUCCCUUCUGCAGUUGGCCCGUGUUCUGUAAAAUGCGCCUACUCGAAAGAUUGGUACCCGCAACUCAGAUUUUGGCAUACAUUGCUUAGUUGAGGCCUUUUCCAUCUCUGUGCAUAUCAUCGUAAGACAAGAUGGGUUUACUUUCUACACAUUUCCCCCCCCCUCCUUUUGUCCCAUGCUGAUUAAAAUGGAAAUCCCAAGGAAAAGCAUCAGGAGUAAAUGCCCCCUUGAAGUGAAAUUGCUACCCUAAAACCACCAAGCGACAGCGAGCUGCUGCUUUCGUCCAUCCUCUGCAAGCCGAGCCGUUAAUGCUCAAUCAAGGAUUCAGUCUAUGCUUUGUCUUUCCAGAGAGAGAAAGCGGGGAGGGUUGCGGGGGGGGGGGGGAGAACGCAAGCUGCUCUCCCCCUCCCUCUCUCCCUCCCCCACCACCUGUUCCUGCUGCUCAGUUUCCCCCCCCCCCCCCCAUCACAAAGCCUCCUCCCCUAUUCUUCUUGAACAGCAGGGUGGGCAGGCGAAGUCUCUCGCCAAAGCAGGGGAAAGAACCACAUCUCAAUGGCAGCUUCACUCUAAACGCUCCGAUUCUUCCAUCUCGCCAAAGACCCAUUUGAUAGUGGAGUGUCCUUCCCUCCUCCCCACGCCUCUCCUGGCAAUGCUGGCCACCUCGGGGGGGGGGGGGAUGGGGAGGAGGGGGGAGAUGGAGGAAAGGGAGGCAGGGUCAAGUCUCAGCUUGAUAUUGUUCCCGGUUUUGUGGCCAGUAUAGCUUUGUUAACGGUCUUGUAUUGUUUUUUGUUUUUUUAAACUGAAACAGAUUCCCCCCCCCCUUAAAAGAAGUCCUACAGAAGUUCUACUCUGGCAUCAUGUGGAGCAGGUCUGAAGUAGCAGAGGGCAGGAGAGCGUUCAGCAUUCUCUAAGUUUGGGCAGGGCAGGGCAGGAUAGGUUUGCGUUGUGCUUCCACCUGUGGCAGGUGCUCAUUCGUCUUGCUGAAACUGGGCAGGUGCUGCGCUCCGUUCACAGGAAGGCAGCUCUGCCAGAAGGCACUAGUUUCAUUGGGCAGAGUGGUUUUUGAGACGUUGGGUGGUGGCAGCUGGAAGUCAAGUGACUUUGGGCAGGUUUAAAGCAAGCCGUCUGAUCCUUGGCUUUCAGCCUACGGGGCCCAGUUUGUAAAGGGAAAUCACUGCCAUGGAAAAUCAUAAAAAGAGAUUGCCAGUGUGUUGCUUCCCUCCCACCCCCUUUGAAAGUCACGGGUACUGUUGAGCAGUUUGAUUACAGCACUCAGCAAUAUGAGAGUUGCUAGUCUUGGCUUUUGGGAGUGAGCAAGUGUGUGUGUGUGUGUGUGUGUGUGUGUGUGUGAGAGAGAGAGAGAGAGAGAGAGAGAGAGAGAAUUAGAAAAGUCUCCUCUGUGGUCUGAGGCUUUAGAAACCACUAUGCCAAAAAAAAAAAAAGGUUUAAAAGGCCAAAUGAGAUUUAUGAAACCACUUUAAUGAUUUGGGUGCUUGAUAUAUACUCCACAUUUCCUUGUUUUCCAGUUCCUUCUGCUUCCACCCAUGUGCUUCAAGGACAGUGUCUCUGUCAGUCUCUCUCUCUCUCACACACACACACGUACACAUUUGCUCACUCUACAAGGGAAGCCACUUUGCCCCUCCUUGCAAGCUAGUGCUGCUUUGGAACAGAAGAAUAGGACUAAAGAUGAGUUUCUGCUAGGCCGGAAAGACUGCCGGAU